UUCUUGUGAUGGCUGGGAGUCUGUAGCUGUGGAGAGAGGACACGGACAGCCAUCAUGCUGCUGUGCAAGGGAAAUUAAGUGGUCUAAGUCAUAACAUAUUCUUUUCCUUUUGUUUGUUAAACUGUAACAGAUUUCUUUAAGAAAUAGUGAAGAACUGAGGGGAGGUAAUGAAAGAACGCGGACGUGGCCAGUGAAAACAGCAAAGGGCCAUGGGCUGUGGCCUGAGAAAAUCAGAAGUACAGCUGAAGAAAUGUGACACAGUGAGCAUCUCAGUCCCAGCUGCCACUGCAAUCAGAGCGGCUCUGUUGAUUCAGCGCUGGUAUCGGCAGUACGUUGCUCGGCUGGAGAUCAGACGCAGGUGCACGUGGAACAUCUUCCAGUCUAUUGAAUAUGCAGGACAACAAGAUCAGAUCAAGCUGUACAAUUUUUUUGGCUUCUUGAUGGACCACUUCACCCCAGCCAGUAGUGAAAGAAAUCUAAUUUCUCACAUCUUUCGCGAGAAUGAAAUCUGCCGUGAUGCAGAAUGGGAACGUUAUUUUUGCUACAAGACCAUAGAUGUACCUGACAGCUACACUGGGCCCCAUUUGACCUUCCCCAUGACGUUCUGCGGGGUGUCAAAGCUUGUGGAAGCUUUUAAGCACAAGCAACAGCUCCAUGCACGAUAUGUUCUGCAGAUUCUUGGAGAAACUUGGAGACUUCUAAGACUUCUUCCAAACAUCAGUCAUCUCUCCUCCUGUCACACCAAGGAGAUUACUAUAUGUGGAGACUUGCAUGGGCAGCUUGAAGAUCUGCUGUUGAUAUUCUAUAAAAAUGGUUUGCCAUCUCCUGAGAAACCAUAUGUGUUCAAUGGAGACUUUGUGGAUCGAGGCAAAAACUCCUUAGAGAUUCUGCUCAUCCUGUUUGGGUUCCUGCUAGUCUACCCCAAUGACGUCCAUUUAAACAGAGGGAACCACGAGGACCACAUUGUUAACCUGAGAUAUGGCUUUACUAAAGAAGUUUUGGGAAAAUACAGGGUGCAUGGCAAGAAGAUCCUUAAGCUUCUUCAAAAGAUCUUCAGCUGGCUUCCACUGGCCACUGUGAUUGAUCACAAGGUGCUGAUUGUGCAUGGAGGGAUCUCUGACACAACAGACCUUAAUAUAAUAGCCAGACUGGACAGACACAAAUAUGUGUCAGCCCUCAGACCUCCGAAGACGACUAAACCAGCAGUCAAUGGCAGCAUUCAGACAAUGAACAGCAGGAACAGAGAGGCUGGCAUUCCAGUGGAAGCCCGGCGUCGAGUGCGAUCUCUAACCCACCACAGCUCGACCCCAUCUCAGAGACAUGACCCCCCGCGACGCUCACUGCACAACCUGCACACCAGCCAUCAGCAGCUGGGCUGGUCCGUGGAAGACGAGCUGAAGAAAAGACGGAGGUUGGCUGGGUUUGACCAGUCGUACGGAGAAAUGAAGAAGCUAGACUCUGACUCGGAUCCAGAGUGUGAAGAAGGAACAGAGACAGAUGAGCGUGAGUGGGAACAAAUCGUGGACCUGUUGUGGAGUGACCCUAUGCCCCAGAAUGGCUGCAUUCCUAAUGAAGUGAGAGGCGGCGGAUGCUACUGGGGACCAGAUAUCAGUGAGGAGGUUCUGGGACGACACGAUCUGCAGCUCCUCAUCCGCUCCCACGAAUGCAAGCAGGAUGGCUAUGAGUUCUGCCACAACCGCAGGGUACUGACUAUUUUUUCAGCAUCAAACUACUAUGAGGUGGGCAGCAAUAGAGGAGCCUAUAUAAGAAUGGGCCCUGAUCUGAUCCCUCACCUCGUUCAGUAUCAGGCCAGCAGGACAUGCAGGGAGCUCACGCUGAGACAAAGUGUUGGCUGGACAGAGAGAUCAGCACUGCAAGCUCUGAGGCAACAGCUGUUUGUACACAAGUCAGAUCUCAUCAGUGCCUUCCAGGAGUUUGAUCCCAACAACUCAGGGAUGAUCUCUCUAAGCCACUGGGCAAGUGCCACAGAGAGCGUACUGAAGCUGGGCUUGCCUUGGAGAGUGCUGCGCCCGCAGCUUGUAAGCAGCACCAAAAAUGGCACGGUGGACUACCAGCAGUGGAUAAAGGAGCUCUCCAUCACUGAGCCCAAACUGGAGAUAUCAGAUACCAGCCUGCUGGAGACGAUGUACAAAAACCACUCCAACCUGGAAACCAUUUUCAGAAUCAUAGACGCAGAUCACUCAGGUUUGAUCUCUUAUGAGGAAUUUCGCCAGACCUGGAAACUCCUGAGCUCUCAUCUCAAGACAGAUAUCAGUGAUGACGUCAUUGCAAACCUGGCCCAGAGCAUCGACUUCAACAAGGACGGAAGCAUCGAUAUCAAUGAGUUCAUGGAGGCUUUCCGUCUGGUGGAUCUCUCUGCACAUUCCUGAGAGCCGGGACCAGGAGCUGUAGCUGCAUCGGCUGAAGUGUCCCAGAUGAUGCACAGAGAACAUCAGCGGCCAUCUUCACUUUUCAUCUUGAUACACAGUUUUGAAAAGUUAAAUGGUUAGUAGUACUUGACCUCAUAACAUUUAUGCACAUGGAAUAUAGAUCAUUUCUACCCAUUAUAUUUUUGGCUUUUUUUAUAUAUAUAUUUAUAUAAAUAUUUCUUAAGUUUUUAUGUAAUUGAAAGAUCACCUGUUCAGCUGGGCAAUAAAAACAUCCAACAUGCGAUGC